CGCUCUACCUCUUUUCGACCCGUGUUGAGAUUUCUGAACCGUGUUAAAAUAAAAAAUUUCAUUCGAAAUAAGGCAGUGAAUUACCAUCCAAAAUUCGUCCGGCAUUUCGUUCUGCAUAAUAUUUUCGUCCAGUAGGUUGUGAAGAUUUGAAGUGGUUAACUGAAAUGCCAACCGAAUGCAUUACCAACCCACUGCAACGGGAACUUGCAGACAGCAUUAUCCGCAUGGUCCCACUUGAUGAGAUCCGCAUCCUGCUAGCAUGUGGGGCUAAGGUUAAUGAACCUGUCACCCAGGGGUUGCGCCCCCUGCACUACGCUGUUUGGCAGCGUUACUUGGAGGCUGCUCAGUUGCUGCUGGUGAGAGGAAGUGAUGUUAAUGCCAGAGAUGAAUGUGGUUACUCAGCCCUGCACCUUUCAGCAGAACAUGGGUACACAGAGUUGGUGACAUUGCUGCUUCAUCAAGGAGCACAAGUGGAUUAUCGUGAAGAUACUGAUGAUCCAUUUCCUCGCACCACCAUCUGUGAUGAACCCUUGCGGCUGGCAAUUCGGAAUCAUCAUGCAGAUGUGGCCCGAAUGCUGCUGGAGCAUGGGGCAGACCCAAACAAGCGCUAUUUCUUUGGUUCUGAGAUCAACCUCGUGUCCCCACUUGAUCUUGAAUUUUUGCGUCUUUUACUGACAUUUGGUGCCCAUCCAGAUACUCGAGACAGGGCAGGUCUGACACCCCUCAUGAAGGCAGCAAGACUCCCACAGGGAAUGGAUUCUGUGCUGCUGCUACUGUCUUUUGGUGCAGAUGUGAAUGCAAUGACAGAUUCCCGUCAUGACUAUCGAACUGUGCUGCACUAUGCUGUUUUAUCAGGCAACUUGGAGAUUGUUAAUCUCCUUAUAAAGCAAGGUGCCAGGGUGAACUACCCACCUGACUACCAGAAGCCAACACCACUUGAUCUUGCCAUACUCAAGGGUGACAUAGACCUUGUGAAACUGCUGCUUGCAGCAGGAGCAAAUGUCAACUCUAGCUCCCCAAUAAUUGGAUCGCCAUUGCACGUGGUGUGUGCCGACAACAUCCCUAAUCGGCUUGAACUGUUGCAUUUGUUGCUGUGUGCGGGAGCUGAUCCAAAUAUGGUCAUUGAGAGUGAUGAGGGUACCCCACUGCGGCCUGUGCUUGCAGAGUAUAUAGCAUCUAAUGAAGAGCCAUGUCCUGCCAUUGUUCACUUGUUGCUGCGUUUUGGUGCAAAAGUUGUGAUGAAGACACAGUUCCGGGAUCCGCACGGGAUACUCAAUUCACUGCAGAAUUUGUCCAAGUAUCCCUCACUCUUUAUAACACUGGUAGAGGCAGCUGAAAGCUUUGAUUUGUGCAUG